GGCCGAAGCCCCCGGGUGCGGCCAUAGAGCGGCCGGAGGACCGGGUCCUAGAGGGCCCGGAAGUGGCCGCGCGGCGCUGCGCGCACCGCGAGCCGGGGGGCGGCGGCCGGGGGGGGGGGGAGGCGGCGCGGGCGGAAGUGGCCAAGAAGGUCACUUCCGGCCUGGGCGCCCGUCCCCCUGACCCCAGGGUCUGACUCGCCGUUACAGCCGCCGCGCGCGAGGAGGAGGCGUAGGCGGAGACGGCGAGCGGCUGCAGCGGCCCCGGACAAGGAGGGACCUGGGCAUGGAGCUUCGAGAAGAGGCUUGGUCUCCGGGGCCGCUGGAUUCUGAGGACCAGCAGAUGGCCAGCCACGAAAACCCAGUGGACAUCCUCAUCAUGGACGACGACGACGUGCCCAGCUGGCCUCCCAGCAAGCUGGCCCCGCCGCCCUCGGCGCCCCCCGCCGGCCCCCCGCCCCGCCCGCGGCCGCCCGCGCCCUACAUCUGCAACGAAUGCGGCAAGAGCUUCAGCCACUGGUCCAAGCUGACCCGCCACCAGCGCACGCACACGGGCGAGCGGCCCAACGCCUGCGCCGACUGCGGCAAGACCUUCUCGCAGAGCUCGCACCUGGUGCAGCACCGGCGCAUCCACACGGGCGAGAAGCCCUACGCCUGCUCCGAGUGCGGCAAGCGCUUCAGCUGGAGCUCCAACCUCAUGCAGCACCAGCGCAUCCACACGGGCGAGAAGCCGUACGCCUGCCCCGACUGCGGCCGCAGCUUCACGCAGAGCAAGAGCCUGGCCAAGCACCGGCGCUCGCACAGCGGCCUCAAGCCCUUCGUGUGCCCGCGCUGCGGCCGCGGCUUCAGCCAGCCCAAGAGCCUGGCGCGCCACCUGCGGCUGCACCCCGAGCUGGCGGGCCCCGGCGUGGCAGCGCGGGUGCUGGCGGCCAGCGUGCGGCGCGCACAGGCGCCCGAGGCGGCGGCGGCGGCGGCGGCGGCCGACGGCGAGCUGGCCAUCCCGAUGGGCGACGGCGAGGGCAUCAUCGUGGUGGGCGCCCCGGGCCAGGCAGCGGGCGCCGUGGCGGCGGGGGCGCGCGCGGGCUCCCGGGGGGCGGGGCCCCGGCCCCGGCGCGCCCCCGCGCCCAAACCCUACGUGUGCGCGCAGUGCGGCCAGGGCUUCGGGCUGGCGGCCGCGCUCCUGGCGCACCAGCGGGCGCAGCAUGGCGAUGGCGACGGGGACGGGGACGCGGCCGGGGACGCGGCCGGGGACGGCGAGGGCGACGGGGACGGGGGCGCCGCGGCGGGCCCAGAGGAGCCGGCGCACAUCUGCGUGGAGUGCGGCGAGGGCUUCGUGCAGGGCGCGGCGCUGCGCCGCCACAAGCGGGUGCACGUGGUGGGCGCGCCGGCCGUGUGCGGCCGCUGUGGACACAGCUUCUACCCGACGGCGCGCCCCGACGGCGACGACCCGGACGCCACAAACCGCCCCGAAUGCCCAGAGUGUCGCGCAGGCGCCGGCCGUAGGCGGAGCGGUGCUCCAGAGACCCCCGGGUGCUGGCCGAUAGGGGCGCGGUGCCCCGAAGACCCCCGGGUGCUGGCCGGUAGCGGCGCGGUGCCCCGGAGACCCCUGGGCCCGGCCGGUAGAGGGCGCACCGGCACUGGACACAGACGCAAGUGGACAGAGGGUCUCUGCGCCCCCCACCCCGCCGGGCGCCCCGGUUGCGCGGGCCUCAGGUUGCGACCCAACGCCUGCCCGGACCGUGGGUUUGACUGAGGUGCCCGCGAGGGAGAAGAUCCGAUGGCUCAAGACACCCCCACUGCCCACCCUGCCGUCGGGGGCCGCGAGUGGAGAGACUAGAGGUCCUGGGGGAGCCCCGGCAACGCCUCCUCCCCGCUGGAGUUUCCUCUUGACUCCCGCCCAUGUUCCUGCUCUCCCCGUGGGCCUGGGGGCUUCCCCACCCGGACUAGCUGCGUCCCUCGGGCCGGGGUGCGGGCGGGCAAUAAAGGGCGCUCACUGUGGGA